GUCGACCACGUAUCAACUCAUUCAUGGCGGCUGCUGGUCUUGUGGGAGGUGUGGGGCUCUUCCUGUACGUCUGUGUUUGUUAAGUGAGGUUCCUAGGAGGGGUUCUCAGCGAAGAGCUCCUUCAAUGGAGUCUUCUUUAGAGUUGUCCAACUCUUUGGGCAGCGUGUCGUCGCUGCUCGUCCGCCAUCGAACAUUCAAAGUGUUGGUAAUCGGAGAUUCCGCGGUGGGGAAGACGUGCCUCACUCACCGACUCUGUGCCGCCGACUUCCCCCGCGGCGCCGAGGCCACCAUCGGCGUGGACUUCCGAGAGAGAGUCCUCGACUUGGACGGAGAGAAAAUUAAGCUCCAGUUGUGGGACACGGCGGGACAAGAGCGCUUCCGCAAGUCCAUGGUGCAACACUUCUACCGCAACGUGCAUGCGCUUCUCUUCGUGUACGACGUGACCUGCACCGGCAGCUUCAGCAGCCUUUCUGCGUGGGUGGAAGAGUGCAGACAGAACUCCCUCGGCCAGGAAGUACCCAGGUUCCUGGUGGGGAACAAAAGCGACCUCCGUGAUGUUGUGGAGGCUGACGGCCAAGUCAAUCAGGAAGAAGCGGUGUGCUUUGCCAAGGCGAACCACAUGAUGUUUUUUGAGACCUCCGCCAAAAUGACGACAACGAGGCGACAAGAUGCUGGGGAGUUGCCUCGUCAGCACGAUGCGGUGGAGGACAUUGUCAACGCCAUCGGCGCCAGAUUGAAGAGAGCCAGCGCGGCGCCCAUGCCGACGUACAGCGGCUCUUUUAAAGUCUUCAACAAAACAACGGAAGAGAAACGAGUGUGGACUUGCUGCUGAAAAGGAGGUGAAAGAAUGAGACCGUGGAACCCGCUUCAUGAAUAUUUCAUUUGAGACCUAUCACUCCAACACAACGUGUUUAUACUUGUUUAUACAGAAAUGUAUACUUUUCUGUCAUAUUUGCUACGUUUUAUCUACAAAUAUUAUUUGUGAACUUAUGUAAGUAUGUACACAUUCUUGUUUACUCGCUGGUUUGUCUAUAAUUUGUCACUGUAUUUGAAAAUAAUAAACGAGAGGAGACGACAAAACUUCAGUUAUAUUGGAACCCAUUAAUGUCGACAAACCAUCGAGUUGGACUAGUUCUGGUCAGCCAGCUUAUUACUAAAAAGUGCCUGCUUAAGUCGACACUUACAUACCGCUAAUCAAAGAUCCUCUAUUUACAAUAACAUGCUGUUUUAAGGACUUAUGACAAAAAUGCAAAGAUACCCUAAAUGUGACAUAAGCCCUCUUGUCUUACAGACCGAAUGCAAAAACACUUGUCAAAGAUCCUCUUUACGUGACAGGAGCACACUGUUGUAGGGAUGGGCGAUAUGAUUUGAAACCUACAGUAUAUUGGUGAUUCUCAAACUGUGAUAGGUGGCCUCCAUCUAGUGCAGGCCUGGGCAAUUAUUUUGACUCUGGGGCCAAAUUUAGAGAACAAAAUGUGUCUGGGGGCCGGUAUAUCUGAUUUUUAGGAACAAUAAUACAAAAACUCACAAUAAUGUUUGUUUGAAUGCUAAACUUGUUAUGGCUGAUUUGAAAAACGGAAUGGAAUUUUUAAUUUUUUUACUGAAUGAGACACCCAGAAUGUACAUGGAAAUAAAGAAUGUGGGAUUUACAAUAUUAGCUAUGAAUAAUAAAACACUGAAUAUUGACAACAUAUGAACGACACACCCCCUUUCGAUCGACAUAUUUUACAAUCAAGCGGAACAACAAAAAUGCAACAAACACAGCGAAAUAUGAACGCCAAGGGUAAAAAACCCCAACUACAAUCUGAUAUACAGUAUCUGAUAUAUAUCAGCUUCAGAACUUUGUUGUAAAAAUCUCCUUCCGCGUCUGUCCCUGACACCCGCAUUUCAGGAUGGCCGCUCUGGAAAGACUCUGUGGAAACGCUCCCCACCCACACUGCUUGGUGCCUCGUCUGAGCUGCUGUGACUUAGAUUACCAUGGAUCACAUUGGAAACAAGCCGUUUGGCUUUUUGUGCCAUCCAUUUGCCUUUUUAAAGCAUUACAUGGAUUCAAUUCUUUAAGAUGUCAAUAAACUUGUCAAUCAAUCAAUCAAACCAUAGUAACUAGUAUAUCAUGGAAAAGUGCAGGUUCCAACCAUUGAAAUACUUUGUAUAGUUCAAGACUUCCCGAAAUUUGAAAACAUCACUGCACAUCAUAAUGGCAGCGACAGUUUCCAUCUUAAAGUUCUAAAAAAAUUAUUCUGGAAUGUCCGACAUGCUAGAUUGAAAAGCUUGUGGCCCCCGGGCCUUAAUUUGCCCAGACCUGAUCUAGUGGUAUGCCAAAUAAUCACUCAAUUAAAGUGCCAUGUUUUAUUUUCCAAUAUUCUAUCACAGUGUUACUGUUCAAACUGCGUAAUG